UGUUUUUCUCAUCACUUUCAGUCAGUCCCAGCCAUGCACAUCAUGGCCGAACAUGUCCUGUCUGUGCUGCAGAAAUGCCGCUAUUUCCCUCGAAAACCCCGACUCGUCAACACUCAUGCCCUCUCCUUCCUCCCGCACACCAACCGCAACAGCCUCCCCGCCCUUGUCCGUCUCUCUGCCCUUCAUGUGUUUCGCCUUUUUGCUGCGCCUCUUGCCUUCCAUCGGCUGCUGCUGGUGAGCAUUCGCCUCACGCUUGACACGCACAUUCCUCUUAGAGCCGCCCUCUUCUCUCUUCACCCGAGCCCUCUUGCCCUCUUCGUUCCUGACCUCCUGCCUCGUUGGCGCUGCUUUCUCUUCCUCCUUCCCUUCACCUUCUUCAUCGCUCUCUUUGUCGAAGAACACAUGCUCACGGGCCUUGGCUGCUGCCGGCGGUUCGUCUUUGUGUUGGUGCAUGGCCUUGCCGAGGCCAGGGGAGAUCGGCCGUGAACACGAUGCCUCGACGGGGGCACCGGAGCUGCCGGUGUCUGGGUCAUCGAUCGAUGAGGGGCGGAGGGCAGUCCUCUUGGCCUUGCUGAGCUGCUGGGGCGUUGCGGGUGGGCCGUUGACGGCUGGCGGCAUGCGAUCAUCUUCAUCCUCAUCCGUAAACAUCUUGUGGUGUGGCUCCUCCUCUUUCUUGACUUGCAGCCUUUCUGGCACGUGACGCUUGGCUGCCUUAGCGGGCGGUGGUUCGUUAUGCAGGGCGGCUGGAGCUUGAGCGGUCUGUCGCUGCCGCUUCUUGCCCUUCUUGCUGAGCUGUGCCGUGCUGAUGGCCUUUUGGAUGGGCUUGCUGUUGAGAAUCUUCAGCCUGGAGGCCAUGCGCGGGAGGAAGUCAUGAAAGGCCUGCAUUCGUGCAUGGAGCGAGACGACAGGUGUGUGGUGGGGCGAGCACAGGGCUGUGAUGUGGGUGAUCUGUUCUGACCUGUUGCUUUGCGACGUCGUCGUAGAAUGGGUUGCCGGCCACGUUGAGGUUCGUCAGGUGGCGAAGAACAGACAUCGCCUCUAGAGACCUGCACAAACACAUAGGUACACGCACACACACACACACACACACAUGACUACACAUACACGCACCGCCUUGGCGAUCCUGAGCGCGACUUCUCACUCACUCGAGCUUAGGUAUUGCGUUCUUGCCCACAUCGAGGAUGGACAGACGGGCCAUGAACUUGACUGAUUCGGGAAUCUGACCAGUACACACACAUUCCAUCCAUCCAUCCAUCGCUGUUGUUUUGCUGACAGCUCUCGCCUACCAUUGUGAGUUUGUUGCCAUUGAGUCGCAGCUCGGUCAGCUGGCCGAACUUGUCACCGAACGGGAAGGCCUGCCAACCAUUUGACAUGGCAACAUCAGGCAGGAAUAUGUGUCAACGAUAGAAGGCAGGCAACGAUUGACCGUGUGUCUGAUAUCUGUCUGUCUGGCUUGGUGAGCUGGUUACCUUGAGUCUGUUGUGGGAGAGCGACAGUUUGGUGAGGUUCUCGAAGGGCCUCUUGGGCACGGGGAACUCCUCGAUCAAGUUGUGGGAGAGAACUGCACACACGCACGCAGGAAUCACAGACAUGUGUCAGUCAAGAGAUUUGUGUGGCCUGGCCUUUCCACACAACGGCACUCACUCAGCGUCUCGAGCUUCUUGAGCUUCGCCAGGCCACCAACCUUCACUGAUGCAUUGAAAACACCACACACAGACAGCAAGGAAGUCGUCUCGUGCUUGCUGCCCUCAAAAGUGUGGGCUCACCGAUCUGGUUGUUAUCCAGCACAAGAGCCUUGAGCGAAGACAGCCCGUCGAGAUGUUCCAUGACGCGGAUCUGGCAACCACAUCCACACACCCAUACACGCAGCAGAGGGAUGGAUAGAGAAACGUUGAGCCACGCCUCUCCUUGUCCAUCAUUGCACUCACCUGGUUGUGACUGAGCUUGAGGACAGCGAGACUGCUGAGUUCCUUGAGGUGGUCGAUGGUGCUGAUGAGAUUUUUGCUGACGUCUAGCCAGCACAGCUCCAGGUUCAUCUGGAACGGCUCCAGAGAGGUGAGCCGGUUGCCGGGCAUCUCCAGCUUCUUGAGCGCCUUGCAUGAUGACAGAUCCUCGCACUCCUCGAUGCCCUUGUCACGCAGAUCCACCUCGGACACCUGCAUAAGCCACAUCAAGCGAUGCGUUGCCCAUGUGUUCAUUGGUGGUGGUGGCCGACUCUCACCGCACUGAUGUCGCCAUCCGGGAUGAGUCCGCUCAGCUCCGUCAGUGUCAGGCGCUUCAUUCGUCCUCAAUCGCCCGACCGGGGAUCAUGCGGGCUUUUUCGUUCAGAGCAUGAGCAGUGUGGUGUG